CAGGCAGGUGAGUUUGAUCAGGGUUGGAGUUGACCUGAUCGUCUUUGGAUCUUUAAAACCCCAUUUUACAGAGGUUGAUGCUGUAGCAACACGUUUAUUUGGUUUAGUUUGUUGCGCUUUGCUGUCUGCUCCUUCUGACACACCAAUUCAGCACAUUUUCCAGCAGAGAUCGUUGUGAGAUCGUGGGUCGGGAGGAUGACAGCUCGAGUGUAUUGCUUGUUGAUUGCUAGUUUCUGUCUGUUUGGAUACUUGAGCAUAACAGACGCUGGACGAACCACAGCAAAGCCAGGAAAGUGUCCACCCCGAUCAUCUGGAAACGGAUCGUGUACCAGUUCCUGUAAGAAUGACUCUAACUGUCCCAACAAUGAGAAGUGCUGCAGCAAUGGCUGUGGACUUUACUGUACUGCUCCAUAUACAGUGAAGCCAGGUCAAUGUCCCAACUCAAAGAACAUUUCACUGAUUGCUGAAAGCUGUGUCCAUGAUGGCCAGUGUCCUGCCACAAAGAAAUGUUGCCCAACCACCAAUGGCCGUGCAUGCAGUGAACCACGUGGUCAAGGGAGCGGUCAGGGCCAGGGAAGUGGCUUUGGUCAGGGUAGUGGCCAGGGGAGCGGCUUUGGCCAGGGUCAGGGUAGUGGCCAGGGGAGCGGCUUUGGUCAGGGUAGUGGCCAGGGGAGCGGCUUUGGCCAGGGUCAGGGUAGUGGCCAGGGGAGCGGCUUUGGCCAGGGGAGUGGCUUUGGCCAUGGUCAGGGAAGCGGCUAUGGUCAGGGGAGUGGCUUUGGCCAGGGUCAGGGUAGCGGUCAGGGGAGCGGCUUUGGCCAGGGUCAGGGGAGCGGCUUUGGCCAGGGUCAGGGGAGCGGCUUUGGCCAGGGUCAGGGGAGCGGCUUUGGCCAGGGUCAGGGGAGCGGCUUUGGCCAGGGUCAGGGGAGCGGCUUUGGCCAGGGUCAGGGGAGCGGCUAUGGCCAGGGGAGUGGCUUGGGUCAGGGAAGCGGCUAUGGUCAGGGGAGUGGCUUUGGCCAGGGUCAGGGUAGUGGCCAGGGGAGCGGCUUUGGCCAGGGUCAGGGUAGUGGCCAGGGGAGCGGCUUUGGUCAGGGUAGUGGCCAGGGGAGCGGCUUUGGCCAGGGUCAGGGUAGUGGCCAGGGGAGCGGCUUUGGUCAGGGUAGUGGCCAGGGGAGCGGCUUUGGCCAGGGGAGUGGCUUUGGCCAUGGUCAGGGAAGCGGCUAUGGUCAGGGGAGUGGCUUGGGUCAGGGAAGUGGCUAUGGUCAGGGGAGUGGCUUUGGCCAGGGUCAGGGUAGCGGUCAGGGAAGCGGCUAUGGUCAAGGGAGCGGCUUUGGCCAGGGGAGCGGCUUUGGCCAGGGCCAGGGGAGCGGCUUUGGCCAGGGCCAGGGGAGCGGCUUUGGCCAGGGCCAGGGGAGCGGCUUUGGCCAGGGCCAGGGGAGCGGCUUUGGCCAGGGCCAGGGGAGCGGCUUUGGCCAGGGCCAGGGGAGCGGCUUUGGCCAGGGCCAGGGGAGCGGCUUUGGCCAGGGGAGCGGCUUUGGCCAGGGGAGCGGCUAUGGUCAGGGGAGCGGCCAGGGAAGUGGUUAUGGCCAGGGAAGUGGCUAUGGUGAGGGUCAGGGAAGCGGUCAGGGGAGUGGCCAGGGUCAGGGAAGUGGGCAAGGAAAAGCUCAGUGAAGUGCUCAUGGUCAGCGACGUGGUCAGGGAAAUUGUUGUCUUUGAAACUUUCAUAGGAAUUUUGGAUAACACCUACUGGAGAUCUUUUCAAUUCAGUGCUUUAUUCACCUGGCAUUUUCCCUUUUUGCUUAAACGGUUUAGAAAGAUUGCUCUCUCCCUUGCUAAAAAUAAAAAUUGAUUUGAA